UUUUGUCCCCUACAAAUACCCAAUACCGUCAUUUAAUAGGGAAGGGCACUUUCGUAGUUCCCGCAUUGCCCCUUGCCUACGACAAAGUCUUCUCUUUCUUCAGUCCACUUAAAACACACAACUACAGCGGCAACGACAAAGCCCCGCUCCGAACACUCUCUCUCUUUGUCUCUUCGCAUCGGAUUGUUGAUAAGGCCGUCAAUGGCGGCCCCAGAGACCUCAUCCGCCGCCGUCCCAACGCUAUACACCAACAACACCUUACGAAACGCUUUCGGUGGCGUUCUCUCUUUCUUCAUCCUCCUUCUUAUCGGAGUUCUCGCUUUCUCGAUUCGUCUUUUCUCUGUUAUAAAAUACGAGAGUGUUAUUCACGAGUUCGAUCCUUAUUUUAAUUACAGAGUCACUCAGUUUCUUACAAAGAAUGGAAUAUACGAAUUCUGGAAUUGGUUUGAUGAUCGAACCUGGUACCCUCUUGGGCGUGUGAUAGGCGGAACUGUUUACCCUGGGCUGACCUUGACAGCUGGCACCAUAUGGUGGUUGUUAAAUUCUUUAAAUAUUCCACUGUCAGUGGAGACCGUUUGUGUUUUCACUGCACCUAUAUUCUCUGCUUUUGCUUCAUGGGCAACAUACCUUUUGACUAAGGAAGUUAAGGGUGCUGGUGCUGGACUGACAGCCGCUGCUCUUUUGGCCAUGGUUCCAUCAUAUAUCUCUCGUUCUGUGGCUGGUAGCUAUGACAAUGAAGCUGUAGCAAUAUUUGCUUUGAUCUUCACUUUUUAUCUUUAUAUAAAGACACUAAAUACUGGAUCCCUGUUUUAUGCCACCUUAAAUUCAAUUGCAUACUUUUAUAUGGUCUGCUCUUGGGGAGGAUACACAUUCAUUAUUAACCUCAUUCCAAUGCACGUGCUUCUAUGCAUCGUAAUCGGUCGUUAUUCUUCUCGAUUGUACAUCGCAUAUGCCCCUCUUGUUGUUUUGGGAACAUUGCUAGCUGCUUUGGUGCCAGUAGUUGGGUUUAAUGCUGUGAUGACAUCAGAACAUUUUGCAUCAUUUUUGGUUUUCAUUAUUAUCCACGUGGUGGCUUUUGUGUACCAUAUCAAGGGGAUUCUUUCCCCCAAAAUGUUUAAAGUUGCUGUGACACUUGUUGCAUCUGUUGGCCUGGCAGUGUGUUGUGCUGUGAUAGCUGUUCUCAUAGCAUUAGUAGCUUCCAGUCCUACGAAGGGAUGGAGUGGACGAAGCUUAAGUCUGCUUGACCCAACUUAUGCAAGCAAAUAUAUACCAAUCAUUGCUAGUGUUAGUGAACAUCAACCACCUACUUGGCCAUCUUACUUCAUGGACAUUAAUGUUUUGGCAUUCUUGGUUCCAGCUGGUAUCAUUGCAUGCUUUUUGCCUUUGUCAGAUGCAAGCUCAUUUGUGGUCCUUUAUAUUGCAACCUCUGUUUAUUUCUCUGGAGUAAUGGUACGCUUAAUGCUUGUGCUUGCUCCAGCUGCAUGCAUCACAUCCGGAAUUGCUCUCUCCCAAGCUUUUGAUGUUUUCACCAGAUCAAUUAAGUUUCAGCUACCUGGAAUAUCAAGCAAUGCUGAAGUUGAUGCAGGGGAAGCUAGUUCUGCUAUUGCUGAAGCACAGAAUGAUGCAGUAAAGACAGAAAAACCUGAGGAGACAUCAAGGGAUCGACCCUCAAGGAAGAACAAGAAGAAGGAAAAGGAACCUGUGGAAAAACCUUCCACCAAAGCCAAAGCGAAAGCUGAGAAGAAGAGGCUUCUUGCUUUACCUUUGGAGGCAUCUGCGAUUUCUCUUCUCCUACUUGUCUUGCUGGGAGCCUUCUAUGUGGUUCAUUGUGUUUGGGCUGCAGCAGAAGCUUAUUCAGCCCCCUCAAUAGUUUUAACAUCUCAUUCACAUGAUGGUCUACAUGUUUUUGAUGAUUUUAGAGAGGCUUAUGCAUGGCUGCACCAUAAUACAGAUGUUGAUGAUAAAGUUGCAUCAUGGUGGGACUAUGGUUACCAAACCACUGCUAUGGCUAACCGCACGGUCAUUGUUGACAAUAAUACCUGGAAUAAUACUCAUAUUGCAACUGUUGGUACUGCAAUGUCUUCUCCUGAAAAGGCAGCUUGGGAAAUUUUCCACUCUUUGGAUGUAAAAUAUGUUCUCGUCGUCUUUGGAGGUCUCGUUGGCUACCCCAGUGAUGAUAUUAAUAAGUUCCUGUGGAUGGUUCGAAUUGGAGGUGGUGUUUUUCCUCAUAUCAAGGAACCUGAUUACCUGAGAGAUGGUCAAUAUCGGAUUGAUUCCCAGGGCACGCCAACCAUGCUAAACUCUCUUAUGUAUAAGCUUUCGUAUUACAGGUUUGUUGAAACUGAUGGGAAAGGCUUCGAUAGAGUUAGGCGGACAGAGAUUGGAAAGAAAUAUUUUAAACUCACUCAUUUUGAGGAGGUAUUCACAACUCAUCAUUGGAUGGUUCGGAUAUAUAAACUGAAGUCUCCAAAGAACAGGAUUCGAGGAAAGACAAAGAAAUCAAAAUCGAAAACUGGCUCGGCAAGCAGUCCAAAAGGUAAAAAGAAGAAUCCAUAGCACUAGGAAACACAAUAUUUAUAACAAUGGUGAAAUUAUCUGUAACUCGAUAGAACUGUAAGCGGGAAGCCUUUAAGAGGGGAUUAUUCAGGCAAUGGUAGGUGAUUUUUCUUAGAGAAAUACAAUACAAUCAAGUCAAAACGAUUUUGCAGGCUUCGUUUGAUCUUUGUUAUCUGUACUACAUCAUCAUCAUAAUGUUUAAUCAGUUUUCGGGGGGUCAGAAAGCACAAAUCAAAUUUAGCAUUUUGGUGCCAUAUGUGCUACAACUGGGAAGCGGGCGGCCUUUUAUGGGUAAGAUAUAAAAUUUUUCAUGGGUUGAGAUAUGUUUACUUUUGUUACAAAGUUUUUCUAAAUAUAAAUUUUGUUAUAAUAAUUUUGUCAAUAUAUGAU